AUGACGAGUUUUCAAAGCGAUUCUCCGAUCAGUGCCGAAAUGGAAUCGACAGAGCCGCAAAUCGACCAGGAAAUCGUGUCAGAAGAGGAAGAGGCGAAGAAAAUGUGGCAAUUUUUGAUCGACGCGAUUCCGAUGUCGCCUACGGGCUCUAUCAUGAAGCCGAACGCUUUUCCCAAAAAUUGCUGGAAUUUUUACAGUCAAAUCAGCACGAGAAGCGAGGAGGAGUUGAGAAUUAUGUACGAAAUGGUAUUUUUUAUUGAAAAACGUAAAAACUUGCAGAUAUGAGCAAAAAAUGCGAAACAAUCUCCAUUUGACGGAUCUCGAUACGCAUACAAAAGUAAAGCUGUAUUACGUCUACCUGAUUCCGAUAGACGUUGAGUUUCUGGAGGAUCUGAGACGACACGCCGUUGUGGAAAUCGACAGAGUCGGGCAAAUUGUGCGAUACAUAGAGAACGACGGAACACUUUUUCUGUUUCCCAUAGAAACCGACGACCCGAGUGCGCAGGAAAGUCCGAGCAACUCGAUGGAACCCCUGGUGCCGAAAGAUUAUCUGAACGAAGAUUCCGCUUUGGGAUACAACGAGCACAAAGAAGAAGAACAACAGGAUCAGAAGCCCGAUGUGAAGAACUUGUUGCAGCUGAACAGAAUGAGAACACGAGAGUUCUCGCAAGCCGAGGACGACGCCAUGCUGAGAUACAUUCUGAAGUCGAUCGAGAAAGAUAAAGUGGUGAAGCCGGGCGGCAAUCGAAUAUGGGGAAAGUUUGUGGAGGAGAGGCAGACGACGAGAUCGGUGUGCGCGCUUCAGUCGAGAUAUCAGAGAUACGUCCAGCACAAUGUGCACUUGUCCGGAGUCGAUUUGAAGACCAAAUUGAAGCUGUUUCACUACUUGAAAAUCCCGGUGAACAAAGAGUUUUUGAAAGAGUUGCGACAGAGAUGGACGGUCGAAACGGAAAACGGUUGCAUUACGAAGUACAGUUCGAAAACGACGAAAGUGAAGAAAGAACCCGAAUCGCCGGAAGAAGGAUCCUCGUGAGUUUGACGCUAAACUUCAGAUCUUCAAAUCAUUUUCCAGGUCCAACAAAGUCGUCGAUCCGGCCUUCAAGCAGCUGACACGAGACAACUUUGAUCCGUCUGAAAGCGGACAAUGCACUCCACUGAAACGCGUUCGAAUGGGUGUGGACGAUGAAGCGGCGAAGAUUGCGAAACGCUUGCAGACCGAUUCGACGACCGAUCGCGCAUCCGACACGUCCAGCAACACGGCGAGCCCGUCGGUCGAGCCGGAACCGUCCGAGGACAGCGGAUUUAUGUCGCCGCGCACCAGAAAAGUGAAAAAAAACCCGAAGAAGCUCAUUCCUACUCCUAAAAGACGGGCGCAAACGUAAGAAGCACAUAGUAAAAGUGUCAUUUGUGGUUGAUUUUCAGAAGCGCGGAAAGUGGUCAAAUGCCGGCGGGGGAGUAUCUUCUGCAGAUGAAACAAGUGAUCGCCUCGUUCAAUCUGCCAAACAUGGAGCCGAUGCUCGAGAAAAUCGAAGCGCAUGCCAAGAAAUGCGAGAAAAAGAGCAUGUCGUCCGAAUCGUUCUCCACAAUGAUCGAUGCAACGCUGUUAAUGUUCACCGGUGUCUGA